AUGGAAGAUUGCGUUAAUUCGACUUGUGCUACAGGUUGUAAUACUUGGAUGGUUGGAAAUUCCAUCUGCGAUGGAGCCUGCUAUGUUGAAGAAUGUGAAUAUGACAAAACAGACUAUAUUUGUGCACCAUUUUGCUCUGAUAAUCUUUUGAAAAAUGGGAUUUAUGAUGAAGUCUGCAAUAAUUUGAACUGUAAAUUUGACAAUGGGGAUUGUGGUUACUGCAAUUCUGAAUGCUCAGAAAAAAUGCUAGCAAAUAAUCUAUUUGAUCCAGAAUGAAUACAAAAGAGUGUCAGUGAGAUUAUUAUGCUUGUGGAUGCGCUGAUGGGUGCGCAGUUAAGGAUUAUGGAAGCUGCAAACCUGAAUGCUUAG